AUGGAAAAAACAGAGCAAUCAAAGAUUGAAGCUUCCAUUGAUAGAAACAAAAAUGGAGGAGAGGUUGGGGUGGAGUGGGGGAGAGGGGUUGUGGAGUGGGGUGGGGAGUUGGAAGUGUUGAUUUUCUUGUUGCUAUUUGUGAAGAGUUUUGAUCCAAAAAGUCUGGAUGAGCAGACCAAAAAGCUCUUUUUGGAGGAUUUGGAUGAGGCAAUAAGAGAUAUAUUGAACACCGAGAAGAUUUUCAUUGGUGGAGAUUUUAAUGGUCAUAUCGGUGUAACUUCUAGUGGCUUUGAUAAUAUUCAAGGAGCCUUUGAUUAUGGAGAGAGGAAUAGAGGUGGAGCGUCGCUUCCGAAUUUUGUUGAAGUCUUUGAGUUGAAAGGGGAUAAAGGCCUUAGUAAGGAUUGCAAGGUUAAUCCGAAUGAGAACCUUACUAUCCAACAUAAGCUUUUGCUGAUGGACUUAGAGAUUAAGAGAGAUAAGAUAAAGAAGACUAUUUAUGAUCGACCGAUGAUUAGAUGGGGUGGUUUGACCCUUACCUUUUCUCGAGAAAUGGGAGAGAAGCUGAUUGGGAUGAGGGGAUGA